CUCAUUCCUUCUGCUUUGCGGAAACCACAGCUGCUUUUAAUCAAGCCAUUUUUUUAUUCUGUCGAAGGUAAGCUGUAAACCAAAUCAAGCCACACCAAACAAAUCCAACCACCUUCAAAGCAACUAAAGAACUCUUCUCCUAUUCAUGGAGGCGGACACUAAGGAUGUUUUCCACAUGAACCCUGAAGUGAACCUCUGAUAAGUUACCUGAGGUAAGAGAAGGCAGCCAACAUGAAGGAAAAUGUGGCAUCCGCAACAAUUUUCACUCUGCUACUUUUUAUCAACACCAGCCUCCUGAAUGGACAAUCACCUCCUGGAAAACCUGAGAUCUCUAAAUGUCGUUCUCCUGAGAAGGAAACAUUCACCUGCUGGUGGAAGCCAGGGACAGAUGGAGGACUUCCUACGAAUUACACACUGAUUUACCACAAGGAAGGAGAGACACUCACCCAUGAAUGUCCAGACUACAAAACCGGUGGCCCCCACUCCUGCUACUUUAGCAAGAAGCACACCUCCAUAUGGAAAAUGUAUAUCAUCACAGUAAGUGCCACUAACCAGAUGGGAAGCAGUUCCUCGGACCCACUUUAUGUGGACGUGACUUACAUAGUUGAACCGGACCCUCCUGUGAACCUAACUUUAGAAGUAAAACAGCCAGAAGACAAAAAACUGUAUCUGUGGAUGAAAUGGUUUCCGCCCACCCUGGUUGAUGUAAGAUCUGGUUGGCUCACGCUUCAGUACGAAGUUCGAUUAAAACCCGAGAAUGCAGCUGAUUGGGAGAUCCAUUUUGCUGGGCAGCAAACACAGUUUAAGAUUCUCAGCCUACAUCCAGGACAGAAAUACCUUGUCCAGGUUCGCUGCAAACCAGACCAUGGGUUCUGGAGUAAGUGGAGCUCAGAAAGCUCCAUUCAGGUACCGGGUGAUUUCGCCACGAAAGAUAUAACCGUGUGGAUCUUUGUGGCUGUUCUUUCUGCUGUCAUCUGUUUGAUCGCAGUCUGGGCAGUGGCUUUGAAGGGCUAUAGCCUGAUGACCUGCGUCUUUCCACCAGUUCCUGGGCCAAAAAUAAAAGGAUUUGAUACUCAUCUCCUGGAGAAGGGCAAGUCUGAAGAACUACUCAGUGCCUUGGGAUGCCAAGAUUUUCCUCCCACUUCUGACUGUGAGGACUUGCUGGUGGAGUUUUUAGAAGUGGAUGACAGUGAGGACCGGCAGCUAAUGCCAGCCCGUUCAAAAGAAUACCCAGUUCAUGGUAUGAAACCCACACACCUGGAAUCUGACAAUGACUCUGGCAGGGGAAGCUGUGACAGCCCUUCCCUUUUAUCUGAAAAGUGUGAGGAGUUCCAGGCCAAUGACUCCACAGUCCGUGCCCCUGAGGUCAUUGAAAAGCCAGAGCAUCCCAAAACAAAGAUGACCCACACCUGGGACCCUCAGAGCAUAAGUGUGGAAGGCAGCAUCCCCUACUUUCAUGCUGAUGGAUCCAAAUCUUCAACAUGGCCUUUACCGCUGCCCAACCAGCACAAUCCCAUGUCCUUUUACCACAACAUUGCUGAUAUGCGUAAGUUGGCUGUGGGCCCUGCAGGUUCACCAGCCACUUUGUUGGACAGAGCAAGCAAAGAUGUUUCAAAAUCCUCUAAAACCAUUAAGGCUGAAGGGGAAGAAAAGGCAGCCAUGCAGAAGGAGGUAGAAAACUUCCAUUCCAAGACUGACCAAGACAGGGCAUGGCUGCUGCCCCAGAGGAAACCCCCAUUUGUCUCCACUAAGCCCAUGGAUUACGUGGAGAUUCACAAGGUCAACAAAGAUGGAGCCCUGUCAUUGCUACUGAAACAGAAAGAGAAUAGUGACCAGACAGAGAAGACUGGGAUUCCUGAAACCAGUAAGGAGUAUGCAAAGGUGUCCAGAGUUACGGAUAACAAUAUGCUGGUGUUGGUACAAGAUCCACAUGCUGGAAACAUGACUCUGCUUGAAGAAUCUGCCAAAGAGGCGCUGCUGUCACUUGAACGGAAUCAAGCUGAGAAAGACCUGGCCUUCGCUGCGACUCCCAGCAACUGCAGGCUCCAACUGGGUGGGUUGGAUUACCUGGAUCCUGCAUGUUUUAUGCACUCCUUUCAUUGAUAGCUUGACUAAAGGAAUGAUUGGUUAAAAUGUGAUUUUUCUUCAGGUAACACUACAGAGUACAUGAAAUGCAAUCUACUAGAGAAUGCUCAAGAAUGUAGUCAGACUGACACUACUAAAGUUCACAGAUUCGCUCCUUUUCAUGCUCCAUUUUCAACUACCUGUCUCUGAUUCCAGAACAAAUCAUUCUGUUUCCUAACUGUGAUUUAUAGAUUUACUUUUUGCUACUAGUUAUAAAAUUAUGUGUUCAAUGAAAUAAAAGCACAUUGCUUAGUAUUCUUGAGGGACAGUGCCAACCGGUAUAUCCUCUAGAAAAGGCUUUCAUGGUUUGGUACGGGGCUGAUGGAAAUGAAGUUGUCAAAAUUGUUUACUACAGGAAGAUGAAAGAUAUGUAGAAAAAUGCCAUGAAAACCGCUUUCGAAAACCAACCGCUUAACCUUUACACUCCUCUUUCAUUUUAUUAGGAGGACUCAAAUAUAACACAUUUAAAGAAAGAAUGCAUUCCAGAACACUUAACAAAUUGUUUACAUCAGUCCCUAUACCUUACUAACACGUUGUUGAGACGCAAGUAA